GCACCCGGCCGGCAGCCUCGCCUCGUCUCUCCUCGCCUCGCGAUCGCGGCGGGCCGCGGCGCCCGGGUCCCCGCCAUGUCUGCAGCCAUGAGGGAGAGGUUCGACCGCUUCCUGCACGAGAAGAACUGCAUGACCGACCUGCUGGCCAAGCUCGAGGCCAAGACCGGGGUGAACCGGAGCUUCAUCGCGCUCGGUGUCAUCGGGCUGGUGGCUUUGUACCUGGUGUUCGGUUAUGGAGCCUCUCUCCUCUGCAACCUGAUAGGAUUCGGAUACCCAGCCUACAUCUCAAUGAAAGCCAUAGAGAGUCCCAACAAAGAUGAUGACACCCAGUGGCUAACAUACUGGGUAGUGUAUGGUGUGUUCAGCAUCGCCGAGUUCUUCUCUGAUCUCUUCCUGUCCUGGUUCCCCUUCUACUACAUGCUGAAGUGCGGCUUCCUGCUGUGGUGCAUGGCCCCCAGCCCUUCCAAUGGGGCGGAACUGCUGUACAGGCGCGUCAUCCGUCCUGUCUUCCUGAAACAUCAGUCGCAGGUCGACAGUGUGGUGAAGGACCUGAAAGACAAAGCCAAGGAGACCGCAGAUGCCAUCACGAAAGAAGCCAAGAAAGCUACUGUGAAUUUGCUGGGUGAAGAGAAAAAGAGCACCUAAACCCCUGCCUGAUGGACCCUUCCACCCUCUGAACGGCCUCUCAGAGCUUGAUGUUGUAUCAGGGACUGCGGUAGAGUCAGUCAUGUUGCCUUGGAAACAUUUGUGACAUUAAAAAUGGAAUGUGUUGUAA